ACACUUUUCAAAGUGACACAAAACAAUGGCGGCGGCGUGAUAUGGGAGUGCGGCAGGACUUCAUGCCUCGGAAGUUAUUUCUACUUAGGCUGUGAUUCAUUCCCGGCGCGGUGUUCGCGUCCGGCGUACAAUAACACGCCCGCUACCAGCUGACGGUCACUUGUCGGGUCGGAGGUUCGCUGGCGGCCGACAUCACGAUGUUCAAGCCCUCAGCCGGGGACCGAAAGUCUCCCAGGCAGGCACAAAGUAGCCUGUGCGGAGCUGGGGACAAAACGAGUCCCAUCAGCGUGGUACUUGUUAGCUCUGGUAGCCGGGGUAACAAACUCCUAUUCCGUUAUCCGUUCCAAAGAGCGGCCGAGUGCCCGGCGUCCCUGUCAGCAAAACAACGAAGUCCAUAUGCUCUGAUCACAACCGGGGAUGUUGUUGAAGAUCCGGAUGGCGAUUCAAGAGAACAAUCUCCACUAACUGACGAACAGUUGGUAGAAGGGUUCUCGGACAUCAUCCUCGCCACCAUUCUGGCCACCAAGUCUGAAAUGUGUGGGAAAAAGUUUGAACUGAAGAUAGACAAUGUUCGUUUUGUGGGUCAUCCUACUCUCCUUCAGCAUCCUUCCAUCAUUCAGGUUUCUAAAACGGACCCUUCACCUAAGAGAGAAAUGCCUACGAUGAUCCUGUUCAGUGUGGUGUUUGCACUCAGGGCGAAUGCUGACCCAUCCGUCAUCAGCUGCAUGCACAACUUGUCCCGCCGCAUUGCCAUAGCCAUGCAGCACGAGGAGCGGCGCUGCCAGUACCUGACCAGGGAGGCCAAGCUGAUGCUGGCCGUUCAGGAUGAGAUCACCACCAUGACCGAGACGGAUGGAAACCCGCAGUCCCCAUUUAGACAAAUUCUCCCCAAAUGUAAACUAGCCAGGGACCUGAAGGAGGCGUAUGACAGCCUUUGUACGACUGGCGUUGUGCGACUGCAUAUUAACAACUGGCUCGAGGUGAGCUUCUGCUUACCCCACAAGAUCCACAGGAUCGGUGGCACCUACAUCCCCCCUGAGGCGUUAGAGCGCAGCCUCAAGGCAAUAAGACCCUAUCAUGCCCUGCUGCUGCUAGAAAGUGAGAAGGCCCUGCUGAGCCAGCUUCCUCUGGACUGCUCUCCUGCGAUGGUGCGCCUCAUCAAAACCUGCUCAGCGGUGAAAAACCUGCAGCAGCUCGCACAAGAUGCCGACCUGGCUUUACUUCAGAUAUUUCAAAUUGCUGCUCACUUGGUUUAUUGGGGAAAAGCAAUCAUCAUCUUCCCGCUGUGUGAGAACAACGUCUACAUGCUGUCUCCUCAUGCCAACAUCUGCCUAUACUCCCCAUUGGCUGAACAGUUUGCCCAGCAGUUUGCUGGUCAUGAUCUGCCCUCCAUGUUGGCCAAGUUCUCCCUGCCUGUCUCACUGGCCGAGUUCAGAAACCCCCUGGAAGCUCUGGCACAGGAGGCCCAGCUGAUCCAGAUGGUGGUGUGGAUGCUCCAGCGCCGCCUGCUGAUACAGCUGCACACCUACGCCUGCCUGCUGGUGGCGCCCAGCGAGGAUGAGCCCGGGUUGAGGGAUGAAGACCCUCCGCUGGCUGCCCGGGUUGGAGGCCGCAGUCUCAGCACCCCUAGCGCGCUCAGUUUUGGCUCCCCGACCAGCAGUGAUGACAUGACCCUCACCAGUCCCAGUAUGGACAACUCCAGUGCAGAGCUGCUGCCCGGUGGGGACUCUCCACUUAACAAGAGGAUGACAGAGACGCUGCUGGCCAGUCUUUCAGAGCGCGAGAGGCAGGUUAUUCUCAACAUCCCCGCUGCACAAAAUCCAGAGGAUCUGCGGAUGUUUGCCAGGAAUCCCCAAAGGUGGGGAGACAAAGACCUCAACAAAGGGAAGGAUCCAAAACAUCAGAGGCUAUUUUGCCACGAGAGAACCGAAGGGGGAGUGAAGGGGAGUCCUCUCAUUGCCACAGCGGCCCAUAAUCUUAGACGCCUUAACUUGGCCGCAGCGUUGCCUUCUGGAUCACUUUCACCUCCAGCAGUGACGCUGAGCAGAGAAUCAUCUGCAUGUGCAGACGGACCAGCAGAACGCAAAGGACUCACUACACCAUGAGUCCGAGAACGUUAUGAGGAAUAACGGUCAAUCUGGGUGGCUGGCUUCUCACCGGGAGGACGACGGGAGCGGUAUUACAUGUGAGAACCACACAUGUUCGGGAAUGCCACGCACACGCGUGUCUACUGUACGUUCCUUUAAACCUGCCCUGAAAUAAAGAAAGCCACAGUCAGGUCCAAGGCCUCAGUGACAGUGACAGUC